AUGUCUGCUUAUGCGCUUCAACGAAUAUCUGAACUGUUAAGAGACGAAUCGAGCUUUGAAAAGACCAAGGAGAUCAGAAGUCAACUUCAAAAGGAAAAGUCUACAGUUGAAUACCAACUAAACAAAGAAUCGAAGAAGAGCCUGAACAAUGUUAUCUCAAACCUAGAGAAAAUACAACUGGCUCGCAAGAAUGUUCGCAGCUUGAGAGAUAAGCUGGGUAAAGUCAACAGUCUAAGUCAGGAAAACAAAUCAUCCAUCGAUAGAUAUGAGAUCAUUAAUGAAGCUACAACCAUUCAUGAGUUGAUCGAGAAAACUGAGUCUAUGUACGACAAAGUCGUUGGAUUCAAUGACUUGAUCAAACGUAUCGAUGAACUAAUUGACGAGGAAGUCUCUAAUGAUGCAUUGGAUAGCGGAUUGCCUCAUCUUUUGCAAAUUCAUUAUAUGCUCACGAUGGCCCGAGACUUUCAAGACCAGUCUGUCGUUUUGGCCCAGACUUCAACAGACGAUGUCCAGAGAACUAUGCAGCGGGUAUUCUUACGUCUCCCAGACCUGAUCAAAAAAUUCAAUCAGCUUCUAGAAUCCUUGAUAUAUGAUAUUGUUGAGGCAGUAAGAACCGAAAACCGGUCGCUUCUCAUACGGCUUUUCAAAAUUAUUGACCUCGAGGAUAGAGAGGACAUUAAGAUAGUGGCGACCCGGAAAAUAAUUGAAACCAAAGAAAGAGAAUCAGAAGCUCGAAAAAUUAAAAAACUACCUAAUUCCUUUAACAAAAUGAAUGACCUUAUAGAAGAUGCGCAGCACGUAUACCCUUCACCGUUUGCAUUGGCACGGGAAAUAACCAACGGAAUGAUAAGCUCAAGACUGCUGCCUCGUGGCUACAAAAAACUUAUGUUUGAUACCAUCAAAAGAUCCAUCAGUGAGAUGUUCAUUGAGGUAAGAAAAGAAUAUCAGGGUGAGAGAAGAUUUGAAGUUCUCAAUAAUAUGGAUUGGGUUUUCAACGAAUUGAUGGUAGUGAAAGAACAUGUCGAGAAGUUAUGCCCGGCGCAUUGGCAGUUAUUUACUCACUUUUUUGACUUUUAUUACACUGAACUUAAUGACCUAAUCACAGAGUUGGUCAACGCUGAACCAGAGACACUGAUUAUUCUUGACAUUUUAAACUAUGAUAAGUCGUUUCAAAAGGCUUUAACAAAAGACUUCGGUUUCACAAAAGACACUGUUCGGAGCGUUAUUGGAGAGAAGGAGAAGGAGACUUUGCUGAGCGACUAUUUAAAUCUGAUUGUGACAAAGUCCAAUGAGUGGUUCAAGAACUUGGGCGACGCGGAGACAAAAAUAUUCGUUGAAAGAACGACACCUCCGCACACCGAUUCGGAAGGUUUAUUAUUCUUAGAUGGCACCAAAACAUGCUUUCAAAUGUUCUCUCAGCAAGUCGAAGUUGCUGCGGGUUCGGGGCAAGCCAAAAUUUUGGUGGGAGUUGUCGAGAAACUUUGUGAAUUACUGGCCGUUAGACAAAAAAAAUGGAUGGCUGUUAUAUCUGCAGAGGUAAAAAAGUGCAUCGAAUACAACCACAAGGUAGAAAAUUCGGAUGAGGGUACAGCUCCUGAAGAAGAAAGUGCUGGGGGGUUGGUUGAAUAUCUUAUCUCCUUGGCCAACGAUCAAAUGAAAGCCGCCGACUACGCGGUAGCCAUUUCGCAAAAAUAUGGUUCUAUGGUGUCCAAAAUCCACGAGAAAGCUAUAACGAACAACAUUGAAUAUACACUUGAUGGAUUUGCAGAAGUUGCUAAGUGCAGUAGCACUGGCCUUAUUAAACUGAUUUUUGACGAUUUGAGAAAGCCCUUCACGCAAGUAUUCGGGAAGCACUGGUACUCAGGCAAUCAGGCUCAGCAAAUCUCAGAUACAUUGUACGAGUAUUUGAGUGAUAUCAGAGGACAAAUGAACCCGUUCGUUUAUUCGACGUUGGUCGAGAGUAUAGUCGAGGAGACCAUCUUGGAAUUUGUGGAAUGUCUCAAAUACGAACACUCUUUCAAGAACAAAAAUAACAAAUUCCUUGAAUGCAUGAAACGCGAUUUUGAGGUUUUCUAUAAGUUCUUCGUGCAAUUUGUGCCUGAGGAAGAGAGGGAAAUUAUAGACGACAAAUUCAAAUUGAUGGAGUUCUUCAUGGAUUUCGCAUGUGGGCCUGUUAACGGAAUUAUCGAGGUCUGGACACAGUGUAUAGAGUCAUACUGGGAUUGUCCAGUGGCAUUCUUAUCUGCCAUCAUGCGAUGUCGCAAGGAUGUGGACUCCUCGACAUUGAAAAGUACCACAGCCACGGCUCACCGGAUUAUUUCGAACACACAGAGGAACAAUCAACUCAGAGCCCAAGAUCUGCAACCCACGUUUAUUAGUCGAUUCAGAAUAUCGCAGUGA